GGUUCUUUGUGGGAAGUCAACUCUAACGAUGGGCAUCGUUUUAUUUAAAGAGCACUAUUUUGGGUUUUUGGCGUCGCUGAUUUUGAGCACAGUCGCAGAAGCUCUCCAGGUGACUGGGGGAAACGUGACCGUGGCUUUAGGAGAGACCUGCGUCUUGCCCUGCAAACUCACUGGCACCACAGAGACUCUCAGCCAGAUUUCAUGGCAGAGGGUGACCAGAGGAGAACCUCAGAGAGAGAAUUUCUUGACGAUCGCACCCAAAACUGGACUGACACCUGUCAAUGGAUACGAUAGACGAUUUACAUUUAUUGGGAACAUGAGAGAUGGCGAUGGAUCUCUCCAGCUAUCCGGUGUCAACCUGAUGGAUGAAGGCGUCUACAUAUGCAUCUUCACUUUGUUCCCCAGUGGAAACCACAAGACGGAGAUACCUCUAAACUUGUUUGUGCCUCCGGUCUUAAGCCUAGAGGAUCAUCGUCCUGCUUUGGGUAGUGAGGAGGUUGCCCUCGUUACCUGCACGGCUGCUGGCUCCAAGCCUCCUGCGGAGGUGAAGUGGCUUACUGGUACUUUGACAGGAAAAGUGAGGACAACAAACAGCUCCACUGAGCAUCCCAACGGCACGACAACCACGGUCAGCUCACUGUUCGGAGUGCCGACCAGUGAAAUCAACCAGCAUUUGGUCCACUGUGUCAUCACCAGCGCAGCCCUGAUGAAAAAAGAGAGCCUGCCCUUCACGAUACAGGUCUACUGGACCGUUCGAGAUGACCUAUGGAAUAUACUGGUGUUCAAGGGAGAAUCUGUCCAGUUCACUUGCAACACUUCAGAUGCAAAUAUAAGAAAAAUCAGCUGGACCAAAGUCGGCAGGACCAAAGGCAGAUUGUUUUUUUUUCAUUCAAUCUCAGAGAAUCUGACUUUUUCAAACUGGACCUCUCACAGACUGAUAAUAGACCGAAACUUACCUCCAAAGCUGAAUAUCUUUAAUGCAGAGCAUGACGACGCAGGACUCUACACAUGUACUGUAACUGGUGCAGCUGGUGAAGUUACUUUUCAGUGGAAUUUAACGGUGUCUGAGAAACCUGAAGAAAUCAGUCCUUCGUGGAUUCUACAAUACAUACUCGCACCUGUCAUUGGAUUGCUUCUGUGUGCCGUCGCUCCAGCUGUCUGCCUCUGCAGAAAAAGACGCCAAACCAGGACCGAGUCAGGAGAGGGACUCUGAGUUAUGUCCACUUUCGUCUUCGGUUGGGGAGGUGGCUCCUCUUCAGGCCUAGAGUCAAAAAGAGUGGAUCAGAAGCAGAGGGAGGCAGUACCUCGAGAGGCUUUGGCUGAGAAUCAAUGCAUUCAGUUUAAAAUUGAAUGAGAAACAAGAGGCAUGUUGGACAGAAAGUGCAAGAGAGAGGACACAUCUGAUGAUGUAUGAAAACUGAUGGAAUCCAGCCCUGUUAAACCAAAUGGAGUGUAAGACCCCUGUUUGCUGCAGGCUUUUUUUUAAAGGAAAGGUCCAGUGUGUAAGAUUUAGAGGCAUCUAUUGGCAAAAAUGGAAUCUAAAUUUCAUUGUUAUGUUGAUUUCAUUAGUGUGUAUAUCGCCUGAAAAUGCCACACUGAGGGAUGGUGAGGU